UAUCUCUCUCUCAAAUGGGAAUCGACCGAUAGGCCGAGGGUUUUAGAAGGAGAGCGCGGCGGCUGCGUUUCCUACUGCUCGAGGAGGUUUAUAUUUGAAGUUUAGUUUGUGCAACCUUCCAAACUUGUCAAGAUGGUGAAGUUCACAGCUGAAGAGCUCCGUAGAAUUAUGGACUUGAAACACAACAUCCGUAACAUGUCCGUCAUUGCGCAUGUUGAUCAUGGCAAAUCCACUCUUACUGAUUCACUUGUGGCUGCUGCUGGAAUCAUCGCCCAGGAAGUUGCCGGCGAUGUCCGGAUGACAGAUACUCGCCAGGAUGAAGCAGAGCGUGGUAUCACAAUCAAAUCAACUGGUAUAUCUCUUUACUAUGAGAUGACUGAUGAAUCAUUGAAGAGCUACAAGGGCGAGAGGCAAGGAAACGAAUACCUCAUCAAUCUGAUUGAUUCACCCGGGCACGUCGACUUCUCUUCUGAGGUCACAGCCGCUCUCCGAAUCACUGAUGGAGCGCUGGUUGUCGUGGAUUGUGUUGAGGGGGUCUGCGUGCAAACUGAAACUGUGCUUAGGCAGGCAUUAGGUGAGAGGAUCCGUCCUGUUCUAACAGUUAACAAAAUGGAUCGCUGCUUCUUAGAGCUUCAGGUUGAGGGUGAGGAAGCUUACCAAACCUUUCAACGUGUGAUCGAGAAUGCCAAUGUGAUUAUGGCUACUUACGAGGAUCCCCUUCUUGGUGAUGUCCAAGUUUAUCCUGAAAAAGGAACUGUUGCGUUUUCUGCUGGGCUGCAUGGCUGGGCUUUUACUCUUACAAACUUUGCCAAAAUGUAUGCUGCGAAAUUUGGAGUUGAUGAGUCAAAGAUGAUGGAGAGGCUCUGGGGUGAGAAUUAUUUCGAUCCUGCGACUAGGAAGUGGACCACAAAGAACACAGGCUCUGCCACUUGUAAAAGAGGGUUUGUUCAGUUCUGUUAUGAACCCAUUAAGCAAAUUAUCAACACUUGCAUGAACGAUCAGAAAGACAAGCUGUGGCCCAUGUUGCAGAAACUCGGUGUGACCAUGAAAUCCGAAGAGAAGGAAUUGGCGGGCAAAGCUCUAAUGAAGAGGGUUAUGCAGACUUGGCUUCCUGCGAGCAAUGCCCUUCUUGAAAUGAUGAUCUUUCACCUCCCUUCACCAGCCAAAGCCCAGAAAUAUCGUGUGGAGAACUUGUAUGAGGGCCCACUGGAUGAUAUUUAUGCAAAUGCUAUUAGAAACUGUGAUCCGGAGGGCCCUCUCAUGCUUUAUGUAUCUAAGAUGAUUCCUGCCUCAGAUAAAGGAAGAUUCUUCGCAUUUGGUCGUGUUUUCUCUGGAAAGGUUGCGACUGGAAUGAAGGUUAGGAUCAUGGGACCGAACUAUGUACCAGGUCAGAAGAAAGACCUGUACGUGAAGAGUGUGCAGAGAACUGUUAUCUGGAUGGGUAAGAGGCAAGAGUCCGUUGAAGAUGUUCCCUGUGGGAACACAGUAGCUAUGGUUGGGUUGGAUCAGUUCAUCACCAAGAACGCCACCCUAACUAAUGAGAAGGAAGUUGAUGCCCACCCAAUCAGGGCAAUGAAAUUCUCUGUUUCCCCGGUCGUCCGUGUUGCAGUACAAUGUAAAGUUGCAUCUGACCUUCCGAAACUUGUUGAAGGUUUAAAACGGUUGGCGAAAUCCGAUCCUAUGGUGGUUUGUACUAUUGAAGAGUCCGGCGAACAUAUUAUUGCUGGUGCUGGAGAACUUCAUCUGGAGAUUUGUUUGAAGGACUUGCAGGAAGAUUUCAUGGGAGGGGCGGAAAUCGUAGUUUCCCCUCCGGUCGUCUCCUUCCGUGAAACAGUGCUUGAGCGGUCGUGCCGAACUGUUAUGAGCAAGUCGCCGAACAAGCACAACCGUCUCUACAUGGAGGCACGGCCCAUGGAGGAAGGGCUUGCGGAGGCCAUUGAUGAAGGUAGAAUUGGUCCCCGUGACGAUCCUAAAGUGCGAGCCAAGAUUCUGUCUGAGGAGUUUCAGUGGGACAAGGAACUUGCCAAGAAGAUCUGGUGCUUCGGACCCGAAACCACUGGCCCCAACAUGGUCGUCGAUAUGUGUAAGGGAGUCCAGUACCUCAAUGAAAUCAAGGAUUCUGUUGUUGCUGGCUUCCAGUGGGCAUCAAAGGAAGGAGCACUUGCUGAAGAAAACAUGCGUGGUAUUUGCUUUGAAGUAUGCGAUGUGGUUCUUCAUGCUGAUGCAAUUCAUAGAGGUGGUGGUCAGAUCAUCCCGACAGCAAGAAGAGUUAUUUAUGCCUCACAGCUUACCGCUAAACCUAGGCUGCUUGAACCAGUCUACUUGGUGGAGAUCCAGGCUCCUGAACAAGCACUUGGUGGUAUCUAUGGUGUACUCAAUCAGAAGAGAGGACAUGUGUUUGAAGAGUUGCAGAGGCCCGGUACUCCACUUUACAACAUCAAGGCCUACCUCCCUGUUAUCGAGUCUUUUGGGUUCUCGAGUACUCUCAGGGCUGCAACAUCAGGCCAGGCUUUCCCGCAGUGCGUAUUCGACCACUGGGAUAUGAUGUCGGCGGAUCCAAUGGACCCCAGCUCGCAGGCAGGGCAGAUUGUCAGCGAAAUCCGGAAGAGGAAGGGCUUGAAGGAGCAGAUGACCCCGCUAUCCGAGUUCGAGGACAAGCUCUAAGUUUUCUUUCUUCAAAAUAUGCACCGUUACUAGUUUUAGCAUGUUUUUCUUUCUUGUCAUUGAGUUUGUCAUUUGCGGAAUUUCAGCUACUCGUUAUUGGGUCUUUAUUUUACUCGAGGCGUUUUUGGAACAAUAUGCUAUGUUCGAGCAUGACUUGAAGGUGCUUUUAAUUGGAUGAUACUGUUAUUUAUUUGUAGGUUGCCGUUACAUGUUGAUGGUUAACAUUUUCUACGUGAAAAAUUUAUGUUAAGUUUUCUUCUAAA